AUGAUGGUCCAGACCCCACAUUUCAAAGAACCAGAUAGAGUCCUCGCUUACUGUUCGAUGGCGACUUCUGAAAUUCCCCUGAAUCAGUUACAGUUUCAGGAAAGCAACUGUCACCACAAACGGAAAUAUAAGACUGCAAUGUCUUGUUCCUGGCCACCACACAAUGCUUCCACCAAACCUGGAAAAUGCUUCGGAGUUGUCACUGACGAACCGCUGAAGGCAUUCGGUCAUAUUCUAUCCCUAUUGGGCAUGAUUCUAUCAAGAAGGACAACCUUUUGCUACAUCAUCGACCUUCUCGAUUCGAGAAAUGAUUUCGGCUUCCAACAGUCCAGCAAUAUGAUGAAAAUCAAGCUAACAGCACAGGCGUCCCUCACACCGAUACGAUACAGAAUUAAAAGUGCAACGCUGGGCUUUGAUCUUGAUUACACUGGCUGGUCCACAACUUUAUCAGAGUCCCCGAAAUCACAAUCAACAGCUAUUGACUAA